AUGGGGUUUACGGAUGCGAUGCAAGAUUUCAAGCGUCGGAUGGGCGUCAACUCACCCGCACAGCAAAGCCUCUACCAAAACUCACACAGGAGACCAAGCACCAGAGGCAAGGAAAGGUUGGCCAUGAAUGAGCUUGAUCUCGCCCAUAGCGGUAUCGACCCGUCAAAUCAGAGCCAAGCCGAAGCUCGACUGCGCGCGGCACGCAUGCUGGAACUGUGGCAGCCGCCGUCUCCUCGGCCUGUCUCAAGAAGAUCUACCAACGGCGCGCCACCAACAAGGAGUGAAGCUGGGCCCUCGAUAAGACCUGCGAGGAAGUUCCAGGACGAAAGCAAGGAUAAUCGAGAACACGAUGUGACUACCGAGCAGCGAGAGAGGUUAGGCCGGGAGGAUGCACUGAUCCGCACAUACGCCUUGAGCAACCCGGCAACGCGACGGUUCAUGGCCGGACUCUUUGAGAAUGUCAUCGGUCGCACGCCAGUGGUACAACGGGAUAUCCAGUUAGCGGCGAUUAUGUAUACUAGGAUCAUGGAGGAGGAGCAAGUCGAUUCGCAGUACUUGUGUCGAAGAGAGAGCAUGGUGCGAGAUUUGAAGGAGGUUAUGUGCAAGCUUGAAGCGGAUCCUGAGGAUGAUGCUUGGAGGCGGAGUGAGAUUAUACUUCAGGAGUGCUAUCGUGAGACUUGGGAUCCAGUAGGAGGGAGAGGAGCCGAGGGUUGUUCUGGUGCUGCGAGAAGGCCAGUGCAGAGAUCGAGUCGAGAGAGCGAUGUGCGAAUUGCUGCCUAUACCAUUGAUGCCACAAGGGUACCCGAUAAGAAGCGCCCAAAUGCGCCGUGCCCACGACUCGAACCAUCCGCUCUCCUCAUGGCUAAGAACAAAGGAGAGGAUGCCGAAGAACACGACUUAUACCACCACACCCUCAAAGACAUCGCCAAACUCCCCCGCCCAUCCCCAACUUCCGGACCUCUGACCCGCGACUUCGCCCUAUCCGCUUCUAAAGCAACAGCCACGCCCGAAGCGAUCAAUGCCUCCAGAUCAUCGUUCUCCCAAAAUGAGGAAAAGACAGAACGUCUCCGCCAAUCCUUCGACGCAGCAAAACAAAGCAAAGAAGCCUGGCUAGCUGCUCUUGCCGCCGAGGACGCCGCGAUAUUCCGUCAUUAUCCGCCCGAGGACCUGGAGCAAGCGCGUCUUGCCCAGCUUGCGGCAGAGGACUCAUCUCGCGACUUCGUGGGAAAGGGAAGAUCCACGGGUCUGUACGGAGUAAUCGAGCACCGACAUUCCGAGAAUCUUGCCGCUGCUGCUAGAUCAUCACAGAGUAACAUGGACAAAGCAGCAGAGCCUACAAAAGCGGUCAUUUUGCCUGAAUUUACUAGUUUGGCACUGAAGAGACGAGGCCGGAUCAUGGCGCCGCAAAUUCCGGUUCUUACUUCCGGUUCUGGCUUCGGGGGUGCGAGGAAUAAGUCUGAUGGCGGAGAAGAGGAGGAUAAGGGUGUGCGGCGGACGAGCUUACUGGCUGAUUCGCCGGUAUCUCCCAUCGCUGCGAAGAAUUGA